AUGUCAAAGAACCCUACUUCAUUCCUAGAGGAUGAGCACUGGAUACGAGCAAGCCCAGGUAGUCUGGAACAAAGACAACGCUAUAGCUGCAUCUUCAAAGGUACCAUCACUCGCAGCUAUGGCGUCCAGCACAAGCUCUACAGAGGCGUGUGGGACUUCGAAGGCGACCCUUUCGACUCGUAUAACUACUACAACUCCUCCAGCAGCGGAUCAAAUCCCAGCGAGGGAGACAACGAAACAGUGAGCGUGGCUGUCAAGACGAUUCACAGCAGCGAUGAUGACGUGAUAGAUCUCACCAGGGAAGCGAGCAGCCUGCGGAUCCUGCAAGGAACCAGGAACGUUGCAAGCGUUUAUGGUGUGACACGCAACCGGGAAAUGCAAAGCGUUUGCAUUGUCAUGGAGCUCGUCCAAGGUCCCGACUUGAAUUCUUUCCUGAGAUCCGGGAAGCCAUCGUCGUGUUCUUGGUCUUGGUGGAAGACAAAGCUGGAGAUCUUCAUGGAGCUCGUGAUUGGGCUCUCGGUUUGUCACCAGCGGGGUAUUUAUCACGGGGAUUUGAAAGGCAAGAACGUGCUGGUCGACGAGUUCAUGGUUCCCAAGCUGAUAGAUUUUGGGUUUAGUUUCCGGAAGAAAGAUGUCGACUACUUGAGGUCACUAGGAGGAUCACCGUUUUGGAUCUCCCCAGAGCUGGACGAGGCGGUAGACGAGAUCCCUCCGGAAGUUCUUGCGAAUCCAUUCCCUUCGGAUGUCUACUCGCUGGGGAUGGUUCUGGUGGAAAUGAUUAUAGAUGGUGAGAUACCCGAGUACAUUGACUCGGUCUUGGUGAUGAACAAGUAUAUGGGAGGGUCUCCUAUAGAGCUCCAAGUUCCAGAAGGCAUGGAGGAUCUAAAAGAGAGCGUUUUCGAUGAGAUCUUUGCCGUGGUCGAUGGAUGCUGCUCUGCGGAGCGUGACGACAGGAUUUCUCUAAAGGAAUGCCUAGUACACAUCCGAGCAGCUUAUAGCAACCUUUGCAGCAGUUGCAAAGUCAGUUCUUCCAGCUGGGAUGAGGAAUUUACGAGUUCCAAGGAUUAUACAGACAUGCUAGCUGUUCUUCAAGCGCGGUUUCCCGAAGUUCCAGACGCCAUAGCUCGGCAACCAGCCAAGAACAUGAUGGUGGACAUUCAGGGAACUUUGCUGGUGGAUCUCUUCUGCCAGCUGGAUUUCAAGCUGGGUGUAGAGUUCGUCAUUGACAAGGCAGCCUGGGACUUUGAUCCGAAGAAGGCAGUGCCUCGACUAUGCCACAUCUGCGUCAAAGCAGGGAGCCAUGGAGUGCUGAAAUUUCUGGGCGAAAGGUGGCGAGCUAUAGUUGCGCAGGAAGAAUGGCUGAUGCACGACGCAUGCGAGGGUGAUAGCUUGGAAGUCUUGCAAGUUCUUCUCGAGGAUAUUAACAUGGAGUUCGAUACCUGGCCGAGGAGCGGACAGCUUAAGCCGUUUCACAAGUUGGCAUUCCACGGAAAGAUGGAGAUGAUGAAGCUUUUGCUAGACAAGGCAAGCACGAUCGGUGACUACGUGAAUGCUACAGUAAACAGGAAAUCAUCUGUAGCAGCGAGACCCCUCAACUAUGCCAUCCAAGGAGAUAAAGUCGAAGCGGUGUUCUUCCUCAUCGAGCAUGGGGGUGUUGUGACGACGCCACGCGAUUAUCUCGACACCACAGAUUAUCUCGAGCAGCUUUUCUACUGUGCUGUGCAUGAUGGGAGCUUGAGCGUUGCAACGAGCCUUCUCGAGAUAAGCUACUUCCUCAAGACAGGCAAUGGCGGAAGUAUGAAACAGAUCUCUUCCAAAGUCUUGGAACGAUUUGAGAAUCACGAAUUUGGCUGCCUUGAUUACUUCGGGCACGAGUUCCGGGACCAUGAAUACGUGCUGGCACUUUUGAGAGGUCACUUGGUGGAGUCUGGGCUUCGUGGAAUGGAGCCUCUGAGGUUUGCUUGCUCUAAGGAAGGGAAUGCACACAGCCAGGAGGUAUUUCAAAUGAUGGUUUCGUUUUGCAACGACGAUAGUAGUGUUUUAGAGGACAAAUUGUGGAAGCUCUUAGGGGGUCAUGGGAGUAAGGAAAUGGCUGCGUAUGCAAUGGAGAAGAUUAGCCGAAGCGGCCAUGAGCAGAUUUUAGAGGCUGCUAUAGACCAAGGAAAUUUGGAGGUCGUGGACUUUCUCAAAGCAGCAGAAAAGUCAAGAGAUGGCGAGGAAAGUGACCAAGUAAAAGACGAAGGUGAUGGGAAAGAAGAUGAAGAAUUGGAUGAUUCAGAACUGUCAUCAAGCUCGGAAGAGCCAAAGAUCAAUGAGGAGCUUCCUGAUCUCGAUGACGAUUCAGAUGGUGAAGUCAUACCUAAGAAAGACCGACAAGCUUAUCUUCUCUACGACGUUUGCGAGGCUGUAGUACAGGCUGAUAUUGGUUUACUCAAGAGAAAGCUCCCAAAGCUUUGCUUAGAUGGUAGGAGUUUUGUGGAAGAAUCAUGGGAACCAGGCAUAGGGAUGAUCCAAAAGGUUGAAGAUAUCACCAAGAAAGCAGGGAUCUGGAAAACUUUGGCACCAGAGCUUUUGAAAAGAUUUGCUUAUGCUGGGAGCUCGGAAAUGGUAUUACAUUUGCUGGAGAAAGGUGUUCCGGUAGAUGGCCCGGACUACACACAAGGAUGGAUCACACAAACACCGCUAAUGAUAGCUCUUUCCGGGAGCCACUUUGAGACUGCUGAGAUCAUUUUGUUGGCCGGUGCUAAUCCAAACACAAGAAGGAAAGCAGGAUACUCAAGCAUGGAUAUUGCCUUGGGCAUGAACAACAGAAAGAUGGUGAGGUUGCUUAUCAGGUUUGGGUUUGACACGGGGUCCAAGAACAGGGACAAUGAAACUUACAUGGACUUGAUAGCUCAUCUUGAAGACUAGCCGUGGAAGAACCUCUGAAACCAGUCAAAACAAGUCAAAGAGGUCAAUCAGCCCAUGCACAGGAUGUUCGAGACGAGGAUGUGCCCCGUUGCGUU